AUGCCUAUCGGGAAAAUAAAGGAGUUUGAUGUGCAUAAGGACGAUUGGAAACUGUAUAUCGAACGAGUGGAACAAUAUUUUGUGGUAAAUGAAGUGUCGGACGUGCCUACGUUAAUAACGGUCAUGGGGACAGAAAGUUACGAGUUGUUAGUGAACUUGUGUACGCCAGUGAAACCUAAAGAUAAAACUUUUGGUGAAAUCGUGGACAUUAUGGAGAAACAUUUACAACCAAAACCUAGUGAAUUGGCGGAAAGAUACAAAUUUAGACAUCGUACACAAAAAAAGGGCGAGGGUAUUUCGGAAUACGUAGCAGUGCUGAAAAAAAUGUCUAAAUCGUGUGACUUCGGCAGCUGGCUUCAAGAAAGUUUACGGGAUCAGCUCGUAUGUGGUAUCAGCAGUGAAAGCAUUCGACAACGACUAUUCGCAGAGUCCAAACUAGAUUUCGCGAAGGCGUACAGUAUUGCCGUUAGCAUGGAAGCGGCAGAAAAAGACGCGGCCGCAGUAGAAGGUCAUAGGUCACCGAGCGAAACCACCGUGGAAUGCCAGGCGAUGUCGGCGGGAACGAGAUGGCGCGGCGCAACGGCGGCGGCCACUCCGGGACGCGACUACGGCGGGUCGGCACGGCAGGGCGGCGGCGGCGCGCAGCGCUUCAGGGGCGCGCGCGCAGCGACCGCGCCCGGGCCCACCCGGUCGGGUGAGCGGGCGCAGCGAGGCCAAUCGUGCGGUGUGUGUGGAGGCUCACAUGACGCUUCGAGUUGCAAAUUUCGGCGUUACGUCUGUCGUGUUUGUAAUCGACCUGGGCAUUUGAAACGCAUGUGCCCUAAGAUAACGGACCAACACUGUUUGCAGACCGACCGUAAUGAAGAUAGUAGUGAAAGUGACAAUAGUGAAGAGGUAAUUUUUAUAGACUUUAAUAAAAUAACCUUAAAUGAUUGCAAACCAAUAUUAAUUUCACUCAUAAUCGAUAAUAGGUCAGUUAACAUGGAAUGUGAUACAGGGAGUGCCGUAUCUUGCAUUAGCCAGGAAAUGUAUUUUAAAAAAUUUAGCCAUUUAAAAAUAAAACCUUGUAAUUUAGUUUUGAGAUAUUACACGGGGGAAACAGUAAAACCAAUCGGAAUGUUACAGCCAUGUGUAAAGUAUAAAAACUGUACAAAAAAAUUAGAUUUGUAUGUAAUUAAAAAUGGCAAAACGGCUUUAGUGGGAAGACAAUGGCUCGCUGAAUUAAAUAUUCAGUUGCCCAAAUUUGAAUAUAGUGCCUUGAAUGUAUUGAGCGGGGAGUCAUUGUUGUCCGAUCUCAGUUCCAGAUUCUGUGACGUGUUUGCGGACGGCCUGGGCCGGUACACGGGCGGGCCGGUGCGCAUCCACGUGCGCGAGGGCGCGCGGCCCGUGUUCCUGCGCGCGCGGCCGCUGGCGUACGCGCUGCGCGCGCCGGUGGAGCGCGCGCUGGAACAGCACGUGCGGGACGGCAUCCUCACCCCCGUCGAGCGCUCCGACUGGGCGACUCCCAUCGUCCCAGUUGUGAAGAAGGACGGUAAUAUCAGGAUUUGCGCCGAUUACAAAACAACGUUAAAUAAAGUCAUAGAAAUUGACCGUUAUCCAUUACCGAGGGUGGAAGACUUAUUAGUGCGAUUGCAUGGGGGUCAGCGCUUUAGUAAAAUAGAUUUAUCCCAAGCGUAUGCGCAAUUAGAGCUAGAUGAUUCUAAGAAAUACACUGUUAUUAACACACAUAAGGGCCUAUUUGUAUACAAUCGUUUGGUAUACGGCUUAGCGUCGAGUCCGGGCAUAUUUCAAAGACGGUUAGAGGAAAUGUUUGCAGACUUACCUUGUGUGGGGGUAUUCUUAGACGAUAUAAUAAUAACGGGUAAAACCACAGUCGAGCAUACAGAUAAUUUAUUUAAAGUAUUUGAGCGUUUGCAAAAAUAUGGUCUUAGAGUAAAGAAAGAGAAAUGUGAGUUUUUCACUGAAUCUAUUAGCUAUCUCGGUCAUGUCAUAAGCAAGGACGGAGUGCAUACUUGUCCAAACAAGAUAAAAGCGAUUUUAAAAGCGAUGAUGAUAGACGGUGCAGGUGUAUUACAUACACCUGCACCGUCUAAUGUGUCCGAAUUGCGAUCGUUUAUAGGAAUGAUCAUGUACUAUGCCAAAUUUGUACCCAAUGUAAGCACAUUACUAGCACCAUUAUAUAAUUUACUAAAAAUCGGUGUUAAAUACGUAUGGGGUGAGCAGUGUCAAAGAGCAUUCGAGGAGCUCAAGAGUAGGUUGGUCAGCAGCGAAGUGUUGUGCCACUACUCGGCGGAGCUGCCGCUGGUGCUGACGGCGGACGCGAGCAGCGUGGGCGUGGGCGCCGUGCUGGCGCACGCCACGCCGACCGGCGAGCGGCCCGUCGCCUACGCCUCGCGCUCGCUCACGGCCGCGGAGCGCCACUACGCGCAGAUCGACAGGGAGGCACUCGCUAUAGUAUUUGCUAGUCACAUCAGUCACAUGGGUAUUGUCAAAACGAAAGGUUUAGCUAGGAGUUACGUCUGGUGGCCGGGCAUCGACCGCGACGUGGAGGAGGCCUGCCGCGCCUGCGACACGUGCGCGCGGGAGGCGGCGGCGCCGGCGCGCGCCUCUCCGAGCCCGUGGCCGUCUCGAUUAUCGGACGUCCCAUUCCAUGAAGAGCCGGCUGAAAAUCGCCAGAAAGGCGUGGAGGGGGAUGCCGUCAUGGCCGAAGCUGCGGUGGUGGAUGGGAAUAGAGAUACUGUAGUAAUAACGCGCGAAGAGGAAAAAGAGGUUGUUCAGUCAUCGCAAACUCUUUCCCCGAAACCUGCACCCGCACCUACCGCAGAGUUUGCGGAGCCAGUCGCUUCCCAAACACCCCCGCAGACCGAGUCUAGAUACUCUAAAAGAGUGCGCAAACCCGUGGUACGUUGGGGUUUUGAAAUAGAUUGA